UUGGGAGAGAGAAGCAGGUUGGGGGAGUAGGUUGGGGGAGGAUGAGAACAGCGUAUGUGUUGAUCCAGAAAUGACCAUUAGAUGUUUAAAUGAAGAUACAGUAACAGGUCAGCAGUUGGAUAUACAAGAAGAGAUCCAGGCUACAGAUAGGAAUUUGAUUCACGAUGUGGAAAGUUCUUUCCCUAACUAUGCUGACUCUGGCACUGGUCAAGUCACAGGACACCGAAGAAACCAUCACAUACACGCAAUGCACUGAUGGAUAUGAGUGGGACCCCGUACGACAGCAGUGCAAAGAUAUUGAUGAAUGUGACAUUGUCCCAGAUGCUUGCAAAGGUGGAAUGAAAUGUGUCAACCACUAUGGAGGAUACCUCUGUCUUCCUAAAACAGCCCAAAUUAUUGUCAAUAAUGAACAACCUCAGCAAGAAACACCAGGAGCUGAAGCAUCCUUGGGUGCAGCCACUGGGGGUGUUUCUGCCAGUAGCAUGGCAGCCAGUGGAGUGGUGCCUGGGGGUGGUUUUGUGGCUAGUGCUGCUGCAGUCGUAGGCCCUGAAGUGCAGACUGGCCGAAAUAACUUUGUCAUCCGACGGAACCCAGCUGACCCUCAGCGCAUUCCCUCCAACCCUUCCCAUCGGAUCCAAUGUGCAGCAGGCUAUGAGCAGAGCGAACAUAACCUGUGUCAAGUCAGAAAGUAUCCUGAAAACUUCAAAACAGAGCUGGAGAUGCGGUUCAGUGGUAGUGCUUGCCUGUCAGACAUUGACGAGUGCACUGCAGGGACACACAACUGCGGAGCAGAACAAGUAUGCAUCAAUUUACGGGGCUCCUUCAGGUGUCAGUGCCCUGCAGGGUACCAGAAGCGGGGAGAGCAGUGUGUAGACAUAGAUGAAUGCUCUGUGCCUCCAUAUUGCCAUCAAAGAUGUGUGAACACACCAGGCUCAUUUUAUUGCCAGUGCAGCCCUGGGUUUCAGUUGGCAGCAAACAACUACACCUGUGUAGAUAUAAAUGAAUGUGAUGCCAGCAACCAAUGUGCUCAGCAGUGCUACAACAUUGUUGGCUCAUUCAUCUGUCAGUGUAAUCAAGGAUAUGAGCUGAGCAGUGAUAGGCUCAACUGUGAAGACAUUGAUGAAUGCAGAACCUCAAACUACCUGUGUCAAUACCAAUGUGUCAAUGAACCUGGGACGUUCUCAUGUUUGUGCCCUCAGGGAUACCAAGUAGUAGGAGGUAGAACAUGUCAAGAUAUAAAUGAAUGUGAAACAACCAAUGAAUGCCGAGAGGAUGAAAUGUGUUGGAAUUAUCAUGGUGGCUUCCGCUGUUAUCCACGAAAUCCUUGCCAAGAUCCCUACAUUCUAACACCAGAGAACCGAUGUGUUUGCCCAGUUUCAAAUGCUAUGUGCCGAGAACUGCCCCAGUCCAUACUCCACAAAUACAUGAGCAUCAGAUCUGACAGGGCUGUACCAUCAGACAUCUUCCAGAUACAGGCCACAAGUAUCUAUACCAGCACCAUCAAUACUUUUCGGAUUAAAUCUGGGAAUGAAAAUGGAGAGUUCUACCUAAGACAAACAAGUGCUGCAAGUGCAACGCUUGUGUUGGUGAAGUCACUAUCAGGACCAAGGGAAUGCAUCGUGGACCUGGAGAUGCUGACAGUCAACAGACUAGGGACCUUCCGCACCAGCUCAGUGUUAAGAUUGACAAUAAUAGUGGGGCCAUUUUCAUUUUAGCCUUUUAUAUGAGUCUAUCGCAGGCAUUUAAACCAGCCAAAGAAUAUUGUUACUCUAAAGCACUACUCUAUUUAUAGAUACAUCUAGUAUAUCUACAUCUAUAUACUGUACACUCACCCAUAAUUCAAACAAUUACACGAUGGUAUAAAGUGGGCAUUUAACCUGUAAAGAUUCAAACUCUGUCUUUAUUACUAUGUGUAAAUUAGACAUUAAUCCACUAAACUGGUCUUCUUCAAGAAAGCUAAGCAUACAUAAUCUGGUGAAAGAAUACAUUUCCUGUAAAAAUGGAACCAAGCAAUGAUGCUCUUCUGUGGUACUUGAGGAAACUGACUGCAGCUCUGACAGUCUUACAAGGAAGCAGCCAUCAUAACGUUGAGCAGCAUGAAAGGCCAAGAAUGAAUUUUUUAACUGCUUUGUAAGAAAAUGGAAAAUGUCAAUAAAGAUAUAUUUCUUUAGAAAAUUAGGAGCUACCAUAUUUAUGUUCAUCCUUAUUUUCAUGAAUUCAUAGGUGAUUUCUGUAG